AUGUGGUAUAUCUCCUACUGGCUGCUCCCCCUGGUGGCGGCCUGCGUAUGGCUAGCUACGUUGAUAGUCCUCCUGGUGCGGUGGAAGAUUGAUGGCUCCCCCGUAUAUGCAACAAUGGAGCCAGGCCAGUCCAUAGCAUAUAUAUCCGAUAUAGCCGCACAAGGCCUCAAACCGCUGUUUGUAGCAGGAUGUGCCGUGUCAUCAGUAUUCUUUGUGCUAGCAUUUAUCUCGGAGCGCUGGCUAAGACAUUCUUAUCGCCUUGUCCCGAACAAAGGGAUCUACGACAAGAUACUUUCCUUACUUUCGAUAUUGUUCGCUAUGGCUGGGGCUGCUGGACUUAUCCUUCUAGCACACUUUGACACCGUUGAACACUCUCGUCUCCAUGGCGGAUUUCUAACUAUGUUCAUAGGAGGAUAUCUUCUUAGUGCUAUAUUUAUAUGCCUGGCGUACCUCCGCCUUGGAAUCCACUACAAGGAACAUAAAAUUAUCUUCGCGAGCUUCCUGGUGAAGGUGUUUUUCAUCGUGAUUGAGCUCGCACUGGCAAUUGCAUAUGGAGUUCUUGGAAAGAAAAGGCGAACAAGGGACACGGCUGCCAUCAUCGAAUGGGUCAUCGCCUUCAUUUUCGCGCUCUACGUACUCUCUUUUGUUGUCGACUUGUUCCCAGCUGUGAAAAGCAAGCACCAUAUACCACAAGGCGAACGAUCACAGGCUAUGGCUCAAACAUCCUCGAGCCUGGAAUCUGGCUCUUAUCCCUCGACGCAACCCACGCUAAACAAUGAAGCACAAAUGGCUACCGACCCGAUGGUGGACGUGGGAGCUACGUACCGGGGUAGAAUGCCCGCUGCCACUUAUAACCCACAUACUUAUAGGCAGACGCCAUUGUCUUGA